UUACCCCUCCAACGUAGAUAUCUCUCUCUUCUUUAGUCUCAGACAGAGAGAGUGUUUUCUCUCUCAAGACAGGCGCAACAGAUAGGAGAAUAAGUUGAUUACUUUACAGGUAGCCUGUGAUGAGAGGCGGAGGAGCAGUGGCGGCGACGAUGGUGUUUCUUCAGUUCUUGUUUUGGGCCCUCAUGUUGCCGUCUUGUUUUGGCGGCAACGUGACGUACGACCACCGGGGGCUGGUGAUUGGCGGCAAGAGAAGAGUUCUGGUCUCGGGCUCCAUGCAUUACAUGCGUAGCACCCCUCAAAUGUGGCCAGAUUUGAUACAAAAAUCGAAGGACGGAGGGCUUGAUGUGAUUCAAACUUUUGUUUUCUGGAAUUUGCAUGAACCAGUGCGUGGCCAGUACGAUUUUGAAGGGAGAAAAGAUUUGGUGAAGUUUGUGAAAUUGGCUGGGGAGGCUGGCCUCUUUGUUCAUCUUCGAAUAGGCCCUUAUGCUUGUGCUGAGUGGAAUUACGGCGGAUUUCCUCUGUGGUUGCAUUUUAUACCCGGAAUUGUUUUUCGAACUGAUAAUGAGCCUUUCAAGGCUGAAAUGAGGCGGUUUACGGCCAAGAUUGUAAACAUGAUGAAGCAAGAAAACCUAUAUGCAUCCCAAGGUGGACCCAUUAUUUUAUCUCAGAUUGAAAAUGAGUAUGGGAAUAUUGAUUCUGCGUAUGGUGAAAGUGCCAAAACUUACAUAAGUUGGGCUGCGGCAAUGGCUACAUCAUUGGAUACAGGGGUGCCCUGGGUGAUGUGCCAGCAAAGUGAUGCUCCUAAUCCUAUUAUCAACACUUGCAACGGGUUUUAUUGUGAUCAAUUUACCCCAAAUUCUAAUAACAAGCCAAAAAUGUGGACAGAGAACUGGAGUGGAUGGUUCUCUUCGUUUGGUGAUCCUGUGCCCUACAGACCUGUGGAAGACAUUGCUUUCUCCACUGCACGCUUUUACCAGCUUGGUGGAAUGUUUCUAAACUAUUACAUGUAUCAUGGUGGCACUAACUUUGGCCGCACUUCUGGUGGACCUUUCAUUACAACAAGCUAUGAUUAUGAUGCUCCAAUUGACGAGUACGGCCUUCUGAGGCAACCAAAAUGGGGUCACUUGAAGGAUGUGCACAAGGCUAUAAAGCUUUGUGAGGGGGCACUAGUGGCAACAGAUCCAGAAACUACUUCUCUUGGUUCCAAUUUGGAGGCCACUGUUUAUAAAACUGAAUCAGGAGUAUGUGCCGCUUUUCUUGCAAAUGUUGACUCACAGUCUGAAGCAACUGUAAAUUUCAACGGCAACUCCUAUCACUUGCCUGCUUGGUCUGUCAGCAUCUUACCCGACUGCAAGACUGUAGUACUCAACACUGCAAAAAUUAACUCUUUGGCCACCAUCUCAGAAUUUGUUCAUCAAUCUUCAAUAGACGAUAGUACUGCUACAGACACAUUCCUCUCAGGGUGGAGUUGGAUCCAUGAACCUAUAGGUAUAUCUACUGAUAGUUCAUUCAUGAAACUCGGGUUGCUGGAACAAAUAAACACCACUGCUGAUCAAAGUGACUAUCUGUGGUAUUCUCUGAGCAUAGAGACUAAAGGCGACGAGCCUUUCAUGCAAGAUGGAUCUCAGACAGUUCUUCAUGUGGAUUCCCUUGGUCAUGCACUAUAUGUUUUUCUCAACAAAGAACUUGCAGGAAGCGCAAAAGGAAGAAACAGUGAACCCAAAGUGUCCGUGGAUGUUCCCAUCAGCCUCAUACAUGGAAGAAACAAGAUAGAUCUCUUGAGUUUGACAGUGGGAUUACAGAACUAUGGAGCAUACUUCGAUAAAAAGGGCGCAGGAGUUACUGGUCCUGUGCAGUUGAAAGGUUUACGGAACGGGUCUACAGUUGAUCUAUCUUCGCAGCAGUGGACGUAUCAGAUUGGUUUGAGAGGAGAAGAGUUAGCCCUGUCCAGUGGAACUUCCUCUCUUUGGGUAUCACAGCCUACUUUGCCUAAGGAUCAGCCGUUGGUGUGGUACAAGACAACUUUCGAUGCCCCCACUGGAAUCAGCCCCGUCGCAUUAGACUUUUCAGGAAUGGGCAAAGGUCAGGCAUGGAUAAACGGACAAAGCAUUGGCCGUUACUGGCCCAAAUAUACUGCUCCGGAUAGCGGUUGCACCGACUCUUGCAAUUACAGAGGAUCUUUCAGCCCAAGCAAAUGUAUGAAGAACUGUGGACAACCAACUCAGAAAUUCUAUCAUGUUCCCCGUUCGUGGCUGCAAGCAAGUGAAAACGUCCUAGUGUUAUUUGAAGAAAUGGGAGGUGAUCCUGAACAGAUAUCUUUAGCAACGAGAGAAACAGGGAGUAUAUGCUCUCAGAUUUUAGAGACUCACCCAAUGGAAGUUGAUAUGUGGACUACAGAUCAAAAAUCAAGAUCACGAACCGGACCUACUCUGUCGCUCAAUUGUCCUUUUCCAAAUCAGGUCAUGUCUGAGAUCAAAUUUGCCAGCUUUGGAACUCCUCAUGGGACAUGUGGAAGCUUUAGCCAUGGUCGAUGCAGCAGCGAAAAGGCUCUUUCUAUUGUGCAGAAGACUUGCAUAGGAUCAAGAAGUUGCAGAAUUGGAGUCUCGGUUGAUACAUUUGGUGAUCCAUGCAGAGGAAUGAUUAAAAGUUUAGCUGUUGAAGCUUCCUGUUCAUAGAUGAUUAGAUCAUGGGACAGAAACAAUUAGCCGUUCAUCUCUAAGUGAGUUCGACCCACGUACCAAAACUGGUCAUAAAAUAUUUACAAAAGUCGGUAUAUAUUCACUUGUGUACACUAUUAAAAUAGGUCCUUAGUAGCUAAAACAAGCCAAUCAGCACCAGAGUUUGUAUUGGCAUACUCAAAUGAAGUAUCCAAGAAAACAGUGUACUGGGCAUUUCCAGGUGAAAGUUUCUUCAUCCCUUAUUAAUGAUUUCUGAUUCUACAACUUAA